CCGAUGGCGUCUCCUCCCGCGCGCUCGUCCUCGUGCUCUGAAAACCCUAAUCGUGAUCUCCUCAAUGAGAUUCAAAGCCAUGAGAUCGUCAUUAGCGAGCUCAAACGGCCUUGCACCACUCCGAGCAUUAUGGCUAGCAAGAGGCUUCAAAAUGAGCUUGAUUACUUGCAGAGAGAUCCUCCAACAUUUUGCAAUGCAAGACCUGUAGGAGAAAACUUGUUCCGUUGGCAAGGGACAUUCAUGGGCCCUGAAGAUAGCCCAUAUGCUGGAGGCGUAUUCCCUGUUGAUAUUCACUUUCCUCCAGACUAUCCUUUCAAGCCUCCUAAAGUCAAGUUCCUAACCAAGGUUUACCAUCCAAACAUCAACAUGCAUGGUAGCUGUUAGAUGUGUGUAUGUAUAUCAGAUGUAUGUAUGUAUAUAUAUACAUGUGUA